AUGAACGAGGGCUAUAAUCUUGAUGAUCUCUUGGAACCUGAAGAAAUACAGCUACCAGAUGUAAGAUCUCUUUCCGAUAAAUCCAAGAAGAAGUCAUUGAAAUCCAUACUUCUCAUGAGAAAAUUAGUGUAUCAAGAAGCAGGAAAGUUUCGAACAGUGUUAAUGCAAGAACGAG